CUCUCAUUAGACCAGUGCAGAGUGAGUGAUCUGGUAGCCGCUGCUGCAGGAGGAAGGAUCGCGGUUCUACCCGUACUACCUUUCAGUUUCGCCUCAAAAUUACAUUGACCGGUUUCGCCGGACAGAUAGCGUUAAAUCGUGUGUUAGCCCAAGGUAUUGAUUGUGACACAUUUGUGAGUACUGGUCUCCAGAUAUAGAGAACAGCCGCCAUUUUAACCGACUAUAACACGUUUUCGGUGACAGCAGCACAAGCACAACAAUGGCUCUGAAAAGAAUUCACAAGGAGUUGAAUGACUUGGCUCGUGAUCCUCCCGCUCAAUGCUCAGCCGGACCAGUAGGAGAUGACAUGUUUCAUUGGCAGGCGACAAUAAUGGGACCUAAUGACAGUCCUUACCAGGGUGGAGUGUUUUUCCUCACUAUUCACUUCCCCACAGACUACCCCUUCAAACCGCCAAAGGUUGCGUUCACCACAAGAAUCUACCACCCGAAUAUCAACAGCAACGGAAGCAUCUGUCUCGACAUUCUGAGGUCACAGUGGUCCCCCGCCCUCACCAUCUCCAAAGUUCUCCUGUCUAUCUGCUCUCUGCUGUGUGACCCAAACCCAGAUGAUCCUCUCGUACCCGAGAUCGCCCGCAUCUACAAGACUGACAGGGAAAAGCUACUUACCAGAGACGACACAGCUACAUUAAGACGAGGAUGAGUGCUAUUGCUCUACACACACAUGCACAUAGAAAACACGUACAGAGUGAAUUCUUUAGGAAAUGUCUCGCGUGAGGCAUGCUCUCCGUACUCUACUACCUUUCAAAGCUGGGGUGUGAUGUGUGUGCAAUCUCUUAGGUUUGCAGUCGCCAGUAGACAUCACUAUUCAAACUGCAGUCUCAGGGCCAGAUUCGACUGAUGAGUAAUGAUAUUGAUGAUCUGCCAGACGCCUUGGUCAAACUCUGGAUUAGACGUGUGUGGAAAACGCCAACAAGGCUUCCCCUUCAGAUGCAGCACAUCUCUGAACUUAAUUUUAUCCAAACUUGUACUUCACUACUUUUCCUGCUUUGGGUGUUAGUGUAAUUUUAGUCUGGAGCUGGAGCUGGAGCUUUUGGGUGGUUUAGAAAUGUUAAAUGUGACGUCAGUCCUAAUUGGAUAGGUAUGUUAUUUUGUUUGAUUAGCACAGAUCUGUGCUGGUGUAUUUAGUGUUCUGAACUUGGCUCUUCUCCUCCCCUGCAGGUACAACAGAAUAGCUCGGGAAUGGACACAAAAGUAUGCAAUGUAGUUCUGGAGCUCGGAUUCACGGCGGGAAAAA